AUGGAUGAGCGCCUCCCUCUCGGCGUCACGUCUGGCAGCGCUUCAGUCACAGGCGUCCCCCGCGUCCCACGCCAAGGCGGCCUCGCAGAGCGAUACGACAGCGACACCUAUCUCGUCUCACACGCUGGUGGCGACAACGGCGGCUACUCGAACGGCGGAUACUCUCCACAGCCACCCAUGAAGGUCGAAGAGGACCAGAUUCCCGUCCACCACGGACAUCGGGGCGACAGCGCGUACGCUCAUGGGGGCGGCUGCGUGCCUUCCAACCCCAAGAAGCGCCGUGCGCUCUUCAUCGGCGUGCCCAUUGCCAUUAUUGUCAUUGCUGCCAUUGUCGUUGGUGUCGUCGUCGGCGUCACGCGACACAAGUCAAGCGGCAGCAGCAGCGGCUCGUCGUCGUCUAACGACGGCGCAGGUGCCGGCGCCAGUGGGAGCGGGACAGCGACGUCGACCUCGCCAUACCCUACAAUCUCGGCCAGCACCGGCCAAGGCGGUGACGGCAGUACGGUCACCACCGACACCGGCGAGACGUUCACGUACUCUAACUCGUUUGGUGGAUUCUGGCAGCAGGACCCGAACAACCCCUACAGCGUCUCCGGCCAGGCCCAGGCCUUUACGCCCAAGCUCAGCGAGCCAUGGGUCUGGGGCGAGCACAUUAUCCGAGGUGUCAACCUUGGUGGCUGGCUCGUGACUGAGCCUUUCAUCGUGCCCUCCCUGUACGAGCAGUACCAGAACUCGACGCCCCAGGCCGUUGACGAGUUUACUCUUUCCAUGGCGAUGGAUGCCGAUCUCGCUACCAAGAUGGAGGAGCACUACGCCACGUUCAUUACCGAGAAGGACAUUGCUGAUAUUGCCGCGGCCGGCCUGAACUGGGUCCGCAUUCCUCUGGGCUUCUGGGCGAUUGCGACCAACGCAGGCGAGCCGUACCUCGAGCGCACGUCCUGGACCUACUUCCUGCGUGCUAUUGAGUGGUGCCGAAAGUACGGUAUCCGUAUCCUGCUCGACUUCCACGCCCUCCCUGGAUCCCAGAACGGCUGGAACCACUCGGGCAAGCAAGGCUCCGUCAACUGGAUGUACGGCGUGAUGGGCAUUGCCAACGCCGAGCGUUCGCUCGAGUACCUGCGCACUCUGGUCGAGUUCAUCUCUCAGGACGGCAUCAAGCAGGUCGUUCCGAUGAUCGGUCUCGUCAACGAGGUCAUGGCCGCCACCGUCGGUCAGACCGUCAUGGGCAACUUCUACUACCAGGCCUACGAGAUGAUCCGCGAGAUCACGGGCAUCGGUUCUGUCAAUGGACCUAUUAUCGCCAUUCACGAGGGAUUCCUCGGCAUCGCAGCCUGGGACUCGUUCCUCUCCGGCGCGGACCGUCUCGCACUCGACCAACACCCGUACCAGGCUUUCCCGACCGUGCAGAACAACUACGGCUGGGAGUGGCAGAUUGCCAACGGAUGCGGCUGGGGCGGCGGCACCAACGACACCCAGUCGGGCUACGGUAUUGUCGUCGGUGGCGAGUGGUCGUUGGCCAUCAACGACUGCGGUCUCUGGGUCAACGGCGUCGGCACCACCCCAAACUACGCGACGGCGUACGGAUCGUGCGCCGACUUUGACCAGUGGAUGAACUACAACGACACCAUGAAGCAAGGACUGUACAAUUACGCUGUGGGCCAGAUGGACUCGCUCCAAAACUGGUUCUUCUGGACGUGGAAGAUUGGAAACUCGACCGUGCUCGGAUACCCAUCUGCCCCGCAAUGGCACUACCAGCUGGGGCUGCAGCAAGGCUGGAUCCCGAAGGACCCGCGCGUCGCCGGCGGAUGGUGUAAAGCCAACGGAUACUGCACUGGCUGUGCCGAGUUCAACGGCACGUUCCCAGUCACGGCCACUGGCGCCGCCACGUCCGCGACCAUCAUCCCUGCCCAGGUGUCGAGCUAUGGCGCGUGGCCACCUACGUCGAUGGGUCCCUCAUUGAACUCUGCCGAGAUCGCCAUGCUCCCGACGUUUACGCGUACCGCACAGCCAACGACCCUGCCCAUGGCCAGCCCCACGUUCAGCGCCGAGGGUAAUGGAUGGUACAAUGCCCAAGACACAAAGCUGGCCUACACCACCGUGGCCGGAUGUCCUUAUCCAAACGCGUACAACGCCACUGCCGCAUCCGUCCCCACCGAACUCUGUACCGGAUCAGCCGUGGCACGUCGCGCGCAGAUCACGCCUGCUCCCUAA